CGCGACAUUUAGAUAGGUUUUGUAAUUUUUUCCCCCGGCGAAAUGGAGAAGCCUGAAAACCACGCAAUCGAAUCCGAAACUCUCGAUCACAUACAUCAUUCCGAUGAAUCAGAAAAACAACAAAAGCAAUCACAUAACACCGUCCCAACAGAGACGCCAAGAUCAGACUCUUCCAAGCUCAGCCUCACGCAGCUAAUGGACGCCGUCGACGAUUUCAUCAAAUCCCUCUCCUCCUCAACCGAUCCGUUACGAGAGAUUCCUCCAACGGUCGAACCAUUCCCGGAGACGGUUGAUUCCUUGGUGUCAAAAAUGGAAUCUUCCGGUCUCGGACGUGACGAAACAGAGGACUCUGUAUUCAUCCUCGCCGUUAACCGUAUCUCAAAAUCGGUUACGACGUUAAGAGAGCUCCGGUUAGAUUCCACCCCGGUUUCCUCGUGGCUAAACCGGGCUAGUUCGGUUCAGAACCGUGCCGCGUCUCUCCUCGACGAAGAGUUUCGUCACCUCCUUGAUCGUUCCAGAGAGAACAAGAAGAAGAACAACAACAACAACAAAAACGGCGACGUAUCGUCAGAUUCAGCUGACCGAUGCGUGUUGCAAGAGGAAGAAACGUUCCCUGACUUUCCACAGGAAUCAAUCACAACGCUGAAAAAGAUCGCCGGAGCCAUGAUCUCGGCAGGAUACGAGGCGGAGUGUUGCAUGUCUUAUGAGAUGUCGAGACGGCACACGUUUAAGGAGGAGCUAAGCGAGGUUGGAUUCGAAGGGAUCAACGUGGAAGACGUUCAGAGAAUCCCUUGGGAGUCUCUUGAAGGAGAGAUCGCAAACUGGAUCUCGAUCGUCCGCCGUUGCUCCACCGUGCUUUUCCCCGGAGAGUUGUCUCUCUGCACCGCCGUGUUCUCAGAUGAGCCCGCGACUCGUAAACGUCUCUUCACGGGGCUUGUCUCCGCCGUGACGAUCAGGUUUCUUGAUUUUUCGGGUGCCGUGGUGCUCACGAAACGGUCUUCAGAGAAGCUUUUUAAGUUCCUUGACAUGUACGAAACGCUGAGAGAUUUGAUCCCUGCCGUUGAGGAUUCUGACUCGGAUCUCAUCGAGGAGAUUAAGUUGGCUCAGACGAGGCUUGGAGAAGCGGCUGUGACGAUCUUUGGAGAGCUAGAGAACUCGAUCAAGACCGAUCAGGGGAGGACAGCUGUCCCUAGCGGAGCUGUCCACCCGUUGACUCGUUACACGAUGAACUACCUCAAGUACGCGUGUGAGUACAAAGACACGUUAGACCAAGUGUUUCAAACCGAGUCCGAACCAGAGACUAAGAGAAACCAAAGAGAAGAUGAUGAGGAGUACAAAGUCUCAGCGUUUGGUAGACAGAUGAUAAGAGUGAUGGAACAUCUCGACGCGAAUCUUGAAAUCAAAUCAAGACUCUACAGAGAUCCAGCGUUAAGAUCUAUAUUCCUUAUGAACAAUGGGAGAUACAUUCUACAGAAGAUCAAAGGCUCCACGGAGAUAAGAGACUUGAUGGGACAAGCGUGGACGAGGAAGAGAUCAACGGAGCUUAGGCAGUAUCACAAGAGCUACCAGAGGGAGACUUGGGGGAAAGUGUUGCAAUGUAUGAAUCAAGAAGGUAUACAGGUGAAUGGGAAAGUGUCGAAACCGGUUUUGAAAGAGAGGUUUAAGGUGUUCAAUACUAUGUUUGAUGAGAUACACAAGACGCAGAGUACUUGGAUUGUGAGUGAUGAGCAGAUGCAAUCGGAGCUAAGGGUUUCAAUCGCGGCGUUGGUGAUUCCGGCGUAUAGGUCUUUCUUUGGGAGGUAUAAGCAGCAUAUUGAUUCAGGGAGGCAUAGUGAUAAGUAUGUUAAGUAUCAGCCUGAAGAUAUUGAGACUUUUAUUGAUGACUUGUUUGAUGGGAACCCACCUUCUAUGGCACGUAGGAGGACUUGAGAAACUAUGAGGGUGUGAGAUAUAUGAUCUGGUUCCUUUUGCUUCUUUUUUAUUUGCUUUUAUGAUUAUUUUUCAUUACGUUUCAUGUUUAUAGAACCGUUCUUGAUCUGAGACUACCAUGGAAACUUUUUGUUACUUUCUUACUUGCUAUUUUUUAAAAAAAUGUUUGGGUUUUUUCUAUUGUUGACGACCUAUGUUUUAAGUUCCUGUUCUA